GACAUUUGUGAAUUACCUUUUAGAAUAAGUUAUCCAGCAGGAAUACUGUUGGGCUUACAUAAUAAGACACGAGAGUUCGAGGGGCGAAAGGGACGAGAGGAACAUGAAGAAAAAAUAAAAAACAAAGUCAAUUGCCGCUGAUGUUGAUCACCGCCUUGAGCCGAGAUAAUCAGGAACACCCGCCAUAUGUAUGUAGGGAGGGAUCCUAACAAUCAAGUUCACGCAAACCAGACAGCACCGCUUUCAUUUGGUGGGGACUAUACCCCGUGUAAUUCUUUACGCUCUUCCAUCUGCAGCCCCUCCCUUUGUGACAAUGAAUCUCCGGGAGCCCAUGGGGUUACAGCUAUGGCGCCAUCCCGAGCGGAGGUUCCGCGCCGAUGGUUAGAAAUCCAAAAAGUCCGGCCACUGUCCAGAUUUCCGAUCGCUUAUCAACGCUCAUUGCCCCUCCCUUAACCUCUUCUCUCGCUCUGUUUUACAUGCCGUCGAUGCUAAUAGAGUAGUCCCUCAUCGCUCACCUCCGUUUGAGUCCCUCGCCGAACUCUUCUUUGACCGCGACAAUGGGACGCCCCUCACUUCCCCUGUCGGCAAAUUUGCCGCCACUGGUCAUGGGCACUGCGACAUUCAACUCUCAGUACAACCCCGAUCCCUACGCCCUCCCUACUACAGAAUUGGUCCAUCGUGCCCUCACUAGUGGUGUCCGCGCCUUUGACACAUCGCCCUACUAUGGUCCCGCGGAGGAACUCCUCGGCCGAGCGCUGGCCACAGAUUUCGUCCAGUCCAACUUUCCCCGCUACACAUACCGCUUGCUCACCAAAGUCGGUCGAGUCGCGUCUUCUUCCUUCGAUUACUCCCCGGAAUGGGUGCGAUAUAGCAUUCAGCGCAGUCUUCAUCGUCUCCACACCGACUACCUCGACGUAGUCUACUGCCAUGAUGUCGAAUUUGUCUCGCCACAAGAGGUGCUGCAGGCCGUUCGGGAACUGCGCCGCAUCCGCGACACAGAAGGGACGAUUCACUAUGUGGGUAUAUCAGGAUAUCCCGUUGAUGUACUGAGUGAUCUUGCGGAAAUGAUCCUACGGGAGACGGGCGAACCGCUCGACGUCGUCAUGUCUUAUGCCAAUUUCACCCUGCAGAAUACCCGGCUGCUCACCGAAGCUCUGCCCCGUCUUGUGGCUGCUGGCGUCGACGUGAUUCCCAAUGCCUCACCAUUAGGAAUGGGUCUGUUGCGUCGCUCAGGUGUACCAAUUGGUAGUAUGGGUGACUUCCACCCCGCUCCGGACGGGUUGAGAAGCGCAAUCCACCGCGCCGCGGAAUGGGCCAAUACUCAGGGUGAGAAGAUCGAAGUAAUUGCCAUCCGGUUCGCGCUCGAGUCGUGGCUCCGCGAGGGCGCUACAGCAGGCGCUCUGGGCCCGCCUUUGGCUCGGUCUGCGGACGCGGAUCCGGGCUUCCUCUCCGUUGUGAACAUGGGAACCGGCGAGCGACUUGGUGUCAGCGUGAUGGGCGUGAGCAACCUAGACGAACUAAACGAGACGCUCCGAGUCUGGCACAGUAUCGUCGAGGGUCUAGAAAACAAAGACGACGAAGAAAUCACCCAAACCGGCAAUACCCAAUCCAACCCAGCCGCCGUCCCUUCAGCCCUCCAAGCCCCUACAAUCCUCACUCCCUCAGAAGGGAUCAUCACUGACCGCGCAUGGUCGAACUCCCGUCGUCACCGCAUCUUAACCCUUGCCCAGGAAAUCCAGGCGAUCCUGGGCUCCGAAUGGGUGGACUUUGUCUGGUCAAGUCCUGGAACGGACUUCGUCAACACUUUGUCUGCCGACCAUCUCGCCUUAAAAUCAGAACUGGCUGGACUUACUUCCGCAGGACGGGAAAAGGCAGCUCCUGCUACAUCGGAUGGUCAAACGAUGAUUACUCCCCCGUUGGAUGCAGUAGAUACGAGGAUACCCGUCGAUGUAGCCCCUUCAGAUGUUGCGUUGUAAAUAUCAGAUUCUUCCAUUGUAUAUGUUUUUGCUCAAAAA